UCGUCAUUCAGUGAACACCGAAAUGUUAAGGUGUACGGUUUUAGUUCUUAUAUUGCUGACGAUUGCAAAAAUUGGUUGGACUCGCGAAAAGUUCACCAUACAAGUAAACGAAGGCAAUGCCGUUGGUGCUGUUCUCAAGGCGGAACCCUUUGUAAAAAUCUACGAUAGAUAUUACUUCUUUGGAAGGGAGUCCCUCAACUGGUACGCAGCCUACGAAAAAUGCCGUGAAUUGGAUUCCGAACUGGUGACGUUUGAAACAGACCAGGAGUUCGAUGUCGUUGCCGCUUAUUUAAUGGCAAACGAAUCGCGGGAGAACUAUUGGACAUCUGGCAAUGACCUGGCCCAAACUGGACAACACAAAUGGUUUACCAGUGGCCAGCGAAUGAGUACUCUCAGGUGGGCCGUCAAUCAGCCCGAUAAUGCCGGUCAGAGAGAGCACUGCAUCCACCUGGGAUACAUAUACGGUGACUCCAAGAAGUUCGAACUGAACGAUCGUCCCUGCUCCCAGGAUGGCAACAGUUUGUUCAAAUAUAUUUGCGAGGCUCCAAUGUUGGAAACCAUAUCCAUUGUGGUGUGGAAGUAAAUAUAUGAAGUAUUCUUUUCAGAAUAUUUUUAAAUGUACUUAAAAAAUACGUAAAAAAGAAUGCAUUUUUGUA